AUGCUGCCAAACGCCAUUCGACAAACUGAUGAUGCUCCUCCACUAUACCUUCCGAAAAAGAGCAGAGCAAGAAAUUAUCGAGACGAUUCUAGAAUACUUGAAGAGGCGGAGAGUCAUAUGGUGGUUGGUGAUGAGCAGCAGCAGGUAGAAGCCAAGUUCGAUGACGCGAGAGCAGAGGGAUCAGUUAUGGACUCAAGCCAGACUCCAGCUACAGCCUCCGUCCAUGGGUUAAGACGUGGACAGCCUCGGGCUAAACUAUUGGGCGCGCUUCAAGGCUGGGACCCCGAAGAAGAUGUUGAAAACGACGUGCCGGCAUCGCUGCUCAUGGAACCCCAUGAGAACCCGGGGCCAUUACCAUCCUUUCAGGCAGCACAGGCUCCUCCUAUUCCGCAGGCGAGAGAGAGGGACAAGCCACCAAAAGCACACAGAUUCACACUUACUGCCGCCACACACGACGGACCUCACCGUGAAAGAAUCCGGAAUCUGUCCACGCUAUCGCGCCCACGGUCGUUGGCGAGCGAUUUGAAGCUAAACGGGCGGAGGGAAAGAGCCCUAUGGAGGUGGGCCAAUGUUUCGAACCUUGACAGUUUCACACGCGACGUAUAUGAUUACUACGAAGGUGGAGGUUUAUUGUGCAUUCUUUGCUCAAAUGCUCUGUGGCUUCUGGAAACGCUUUUCGUGACGGUCUUGUUGACAUUUCUCACGCAGUGCGUCGACUACAGCAAAGUGCCGGAAAGCAGAGCUUUGGACCAAGUCAUUGUCAAGCAAUGCACUCGAAAGAUGUCGAUUACCUGGAGCUUGGGAAUCUGGUUAUACUCGUUCUUUUUCAUAUGGAAGUCGGUACAGUAUUUCUUCGAGAUCCGUCGAUUAAUCUACAUCCGGGACUUUUUCGUGCAUCUGCUCGAAAUCCCGGAGCAGGACAUGCAGACGGUUUCAUGGCAGGAUGUCGUGGCGCGAAUAAUGACCUUGCGCGACGACAACCCCAAAACUGCCACAAACAUUCCCCGCAACCUCCGCCGGUUCAUCGGGAGCCAGUCCAAGGAGAGACUGGAUGCUCACGACAUAGCGAAUCGUUUGAUGCGGAAGGAGAAUUUUCUCAUCGCCAUGAUAAACAAAGAUGCUCUCAAUCUCUCGCUGCCCCUGCCUCUUCUCCGUGACAGGCAGCUGUUUUCGAAAACCAUGGAGUGGUAUCUACACUACUGUAUCCUCGACAUGGCCUUCAAUGAGUUUGGCCAAGUGAGACAGGAUUUCUUGCGCGCUGACCGAAGGUCGGCGUUGAGCCAGAAAAUGCGACAGCGAAUGUACUUGGCCGGAUGCUUGAAUCUCAUUUUCGCUCCCGUGGUUCUCGCCUACGUCGUCAUUGUGUAUUUUUUCACGUAUUAUAAUGAGUAUCAAAAAGACCCAAAGAUGGCAGCGGCGAGAAAGUACACGCCCCUCGCAGAAUGGAAGUUUAGAGAGUUCAACGAGUUACCCCACAUAUUCUACGAGAGGCUUCACAUGUCCUUUCCGUUCGCGUCGCGAUACAUUGAGCAGUUCCCCAAGCGCAUGACGGAAGAAAUCGCCCGGAGCGUUUCAUUCAUGGCGGGAGCCAUCAUGGCAGUGCUCGCCGUCGGCACCGUCCUGGACUCAGAACUCUUCCUCGGCUUCGAAAUCACCAAAGACAGAACUGUUCUAUUCUACAUUGGCGUGUUCGGAGGCAUAUGGGCCCUUGCUCGGGGCAUGGUUUCUGAGGAAACGACCGUCUUCAAUCCCGAGUACGCAUUGCGCAACGUCAUCGAUUACACGCACUACAUGCCCGAUCACUGGCAGGGACGACUGCACAGCUUCGAGGUCAAGCAGGAAUUUGCCGAGCUGUACAAGAUGCGGGUCGUCAUCUUCUUGGAGGAAGUCUUGGGCAUCAUCACAACUCCCCUGCUGUUGUUCUUCUCCCUGCCCAAGUGCGCGGACCAAAUCGUCGACUUUUUUCGCGAAUUCACGGUCCACGUGGACGGGCUCGGAUACGUGUGCUCCUUCGCCGUCUUUGAUUUCAAAAAGGGGGUGGAGCAAAGCGCCCCUCAAAGGGCCGGUGGCAUGGACGUCCGAGAAGACUAUUACUCCACAAAGCACGGCAAAAUGGCCGCUUCCUACUACGGCUUUCUGGACAACUACGUCAUCAACCCCAAGACCGGGAUUCCGGGACACAUGCCGCCCGGCAGCCGGGGCCAGUUCCACCCACCGCCCGUCUUCCCGAGCCUAAACUCGCCGUCUCUCGCCGUCGACGUACAUGGGUCCAACAUGGUCCAACCGGACUGGAACAGGACCCGAGCCCGGCACGGGAAUAACCUCUUGACACAAAACCUGAGCAAGCCAGCGGCAGGCCCCGUCAUUCCACAGCUGUCACCAAUGGCCUCGAUAUUGCUAGAUCCGCACAACCAGCCCACGGCUCCCCCAGUGGGGGGGACGAGCCCCCAGCAGCACCAGCAGCACCAGCAUCACCACCACCGCCAGCCCAGAACUGGGUCUUACGCAGAAACCCAGGUCGCCGACCAAGACGUAGGUCGCAGAAGCGAACGGAGGAGGGCUGCAGAGCUCAACAACGAUGCCUACGAGGAUGCCGGGCUGGACGAGUCGACGUGGGAGACGUCCCCGGGCAACGGCCCCAGCAGAGAGAACAGCUCGACAAAUCCUGAAGAUGUGGAAAAUGGCGUCCUGGGGCUGAUAUAUAAAUUUCGUCAAACCCAACAUACCCGUCGCAGCGGCCUAGUCUAG